GUUCGAGAGCGAGAGAGUGUGUGUGGCGGACGAUGCUGCGGACGACAGCAUGGCAAACUCCGAUUCGCCGCGCUGCGCUCUGGGCAGGCUCAACCACCCCGACCGGUGCGGAUUCUGGUCGUAAGCAGCCACAGCUGCAGCUGGCUCCAACGGCCGUCGAGUACGACCCGGCAGCAGUCUCGGUCUACAUGCAUUGGCCGUACUGCUCGCGCAUCUGCCCGUACUGCGCAUUCAACAGAACAUUGAUGGACAAAUCGGUCGACGUCGCACGGAUGCAACGCGCAAUGGUCACGGAACUCGGUGCGCAGUUGGCACAUAUUGGCCCAGGGCGCAAGAUUUCCAGUGUGUAUUUUGGCGGCGGUACGCCAUCGCUCGCUCCACCGGGAUUGGUCAAAGACCUCUUGCACACCCUGCGCGCGUACCAGCCGGAUUUGCCGAGUGGCAUGGAAGUCACACUUGAAUUCAAUCCUAUCCAGUGCCAUGGAUCUGGUGGACUCGAACUGCUGCAGAGCUUUGCCGCUGCGGGAGUGACGCGCGCAUCCCUCGGCGUACAAACGUUCAACCCGGUGCACCUGAAGACAUUGGGCCGAGACCACACUCCGGAACAAGCGCUGGAUGCGUUGCAGAACGCGCGUGCAGUGUUUCCAGGCCGGGUGUCGCUCGAUCUCAUGUUUGCCACCCCGACACAAACGAUUCGCGACUGGGAAGAAGACUUGCAGCUCGCCGUGGCGCACGCCGAUGCUCACAUCUCGCUCUACCACCUCACGCUGGAAAAGGGCACAAGUUUCUUUACCCGGCACAGCCGAGGUGCUCUAGCCUUGCCCAAUGACGACCAGGCAGGCGACAUGCUGGAACUCGCCAGUCGCACGCUCUCCUCGCAUCAACCCCGCCCGUGGCAUCGCUAUGAGGUGGCCAAUUUUGCACAGCCCUCGCACGAAAGCCAGCACAACCUUGGAUACUGGGCAGGCAAUGACUAUCUCGCCAUUGGACCGGGAGCGCACGGACGGGUGACCCUUCCGCCAUUGCCAGCUGCUGGCACGAACGCCACCAGCACUUGGCGUCGUUUUGCGACCGUGCAACAGCGCAGCACGCCCCACUGGCUGCAGAGCGUGGAGACUCGAGGACGCGGAACACACCGUGAAGAGCAGCAGACACCUGUCGACCGGUUGCAAGAAGUGCUCACAAUGGCGCUUCGAACCCGACGCGGCAUCACGACAAGGGCAUGGGAUGCACACUGUUCGCAGCUGUCGUCGCAUUUGUCUGCGCCAAUUCCCACCCUGGCUGCGCUCGUUUGUGAUGAGUCCGAAAAGUCGCUCCAGCAUUCGACCACGCAAUUUCUGCGCGCUGCGCUGGACAACGGUGCCAUCGAGUUGGAUUUGGACGGACUCCGGGUUGUCCAAUUGCAUCUUCUCGACGAGAUCAUGUCGUGGCUUCUGCUGCGAUUGGAGCAGCUUCUGAGCAGUGGCAGAAGGUAGUGGCGGACGGAUUUGUCUUUCAGGGAGAAAUAAAGGCCCGCUUUGGGUCUGCUAGUGUGUACGUAACGCACCCAAACUUGCUUUAUUGGGAAAACCGGCUUUGCAAAACAGCAACCGCAGUCCGUUCCUCUACUGCACAAUAGCAACCGCAGAUUUCCAGAUCGGUCUUUUUUGCACUUUUUACACGAGUGGGGUUUGUUUUCCCAUCACACAUUCGCACAUGGCCUUCAUUUAUGCGUUCUCGUACUUCAUUAGCGCACACCCGUUUUCGGUCUUUACUAACAUUUGCUGCACGACGUUUGUUGAAUAAAAAAGCAUUUGCUUCAUCCA